UUUAGACGUACUGUUAAUUUAUUGUUGUUUUUCCUUAAACAUUAUAAGAACUUAUUUAGGCUUACAAAUUUUGCCAAAAAUUACACCCCCAGACAUGACUGGUCUCAGUAGUCUGUUUUCAUUCUCAAGUCCUGCUGUGAAAAAACUAUUAGGAUGGAAACAAGGUGAUGAAGAAGAAAAAUGGGCUGAGAAAGCUGUAGAUUCAUUAGUCAAGAAACUCAAAAAAAAGAAAGGUGCCAUUGAAGAACUAGAAAAAGCAUUAAGUUGUCCUGGACAGCCAAGUAAUUGUGUCACUAUACCUCGUUCUUUAGAUGGCAGGCUUCAGGUGUCUCAUAGAAAAGGGCUACCUCAUGUUAUCUACUGUAGAGUAUGGCGUUGGCCAGAUCUUCAGAGCCAUCAUGAAUUAAAACCUUUAGAAUUAUGUGAAUUUCCUUUCUCUGCCAAACAGAAAGAUGUUUGCAUCAAUCCAUAUCAUUACAAGAGAAUAGAAAGUCCUGUUUUGCCACCUGUUUUAGUGCCUCGUCACAGUGAAUUUCCUCCAGGACAUCCUGUUAUUAGUAACUUUCAACAAGUUCCUGAACCUUCUAUGCCUCAUAAUGUCAGUUUCUCUCCUCAGGGGUUUCCAUCCCCUCCUCCUACUAUAAACAACUUCUCCGGGCCUGCAGUAACAGGUGCUUCAUCCCCAGGAUCACACAUCAGUAGCUCAGCACCAAACAGUCCAUUUGGACUUCCUGCAGAAACUCCACCUCCAGCCUAUAGCCCACAUGAUGACAGCCAUCAAGGAAGUGAAAACAGUCAAGCAAUGGAUACCACCAGCAUACCUUCUGAUGUGUUGCCAGUCGCAUACUCAGAACCCCAGUAUUGGUGUUCCAUUGCAUACUAUGAACUAAACUCGCGUGUAGGAGAGGUUUUUCACACGCAACAUCACAGUAUCAUUAUAGAUGGCUUCACUGAUCCAUCAAACAACAAUAAUAGAUUUUGCCUUGGUCUGCUGUCAAACGUAAACAGAAAUUCAACAAUUGAGAAUACUCGACGACAUAUUGGAAAAGGUGUCCAUCUUUACUAUGUCGGAGGAGAAAUUUAUGCCGAAUGCCUUGGUGACAGUGCCAUCUUUGUACAAAGUCGAAAUUGUAAUCAUUCACAUUGUUUUCACCCUACCACUGUAUGUAAAAUACCACCUGGGUGUAGUUUGAAAAUAUUCAAUAACCAGGAGUUUGCUCAGUUAUUAAGUCAAGCUAUUAAUCAUGGAUUUGAAGCAGUAUAUGAACUGACAAAAAUGUGUACUAUUCGCAUGAGUUUUGUAAAAGGCUGGGGAGCAGAGUACCAUCGUCAAGAUGUUACAUCUACUCCUUGCUGGAUUGAAAUUCAUCUUCAUGGACCUUUGCAGUGGCUGGACAAAGUACUAACACAGAUGGGUUCACCACACAAUCCAAUAUCCUCAGUAUCAUGACAAAGAAGUGUUCUCAUUUGUUGGAAUUUUUUAUAUGGUUCUAAAUAGUGUACUAGAAGACUCAAAACCAAUCUUUCAACUGUUUAUUUUUAACAUAGAAAAAAAAAUAUUUUUUCAA